AUGAUGCAGGGGCGUGUUCACCUCUACGAAGGCUACACUGCUCAUCAGUGCGCCUUCCCGGUACGGGUGAUGCACAGCUGGGGUAUCAGGACCCUUCUCCUGACCAAUGCUGCCGGUGGCAUCAACAAGAAAUUCCUGACUGGUGACCUGAUGCUGAUUGCAGAUCACAUCAACCUUCUGUUCCAAAACCCAUGUGUUGGCCGCAACGAUCCGGAGCGGCCGCGGUUCUUCCCAAUGAACGAUGCCUACUCGCCACGUCUCAGGAAGAUCGUGCAGGAGAUUGAUCCUGAGGUGCGCUCGGGAGUCUAUGCGGCCAUGCUGGGCCCAAGCUACGAGACGCCCGCGGAGAUCCGCAUGCUGCGGCUGCUGGGGGUGGAUGCCGUCGGGAUGAGCACCGUGAAUGAGUGCAUCGCUGCGCGGCACCUGGACAUGGAGGUCCUCGGCUUCUCGGUGAUCACCAACGCGACGGUGGACGAGGACCUGUCAGAGGAGAAGGUGGAACACAGCGAGGUGGUUCAGGUCGGCAAGGCCGCAGGCCCCCGGCUCCGUUCCAUCAUGCUGCGGCUGAUCCCGCAGAUCUGA